UGUGAGUGAUCGAUAUCACUGAUAUUUUUGCACUCUAUAAAUAUUGCUCUGUUGCUACGAUGCUAGCAAUGCAAGAACAUAAAAUUCGGUUCAUCAAAUCAGAAGGAAUUUGUUUGUUGAAGCUGUAGAAUUGUAGUGAAGAGAUCGAUAGAUCGAUCGGCGAUGGAUUUGGCGGCGUGGUUUGGGCCGGUGAAUUCGGGGCUGGUGCUGCUGAUACUGACAAUGCUGCUGCGAAACCUGCAGAAUUUCCAGCUGAUGCAGACGUUCGUGGCGCGGCAGCUGAACCGGCGGGCGCGGCGGCUGGCGGCGCUCAUCGACCCCUACCUGUCGAUCACCAUCCACGAGUACGACGCCGGCCGGAUGACGCGCAGCGACGUGUUCGCCGAGACCAAGGCGUACCUCGACGGCGCCGUCGGCACGCGCGACGACGUGCGCCACCUCAACGCCGAGGACGCGCGCGGCGGCGGCGGCGGCGGCGGCGCAGGCGAAGGGGGUGGUGGUGGCGCUGGCAGCAGUAGCAGCAAGGGGCUGGUGCUCAGCAUGGCGGACGGCGAGGAGGUGGAGGACCACUUCCGCGGCGCGACGCUGUGGUGGUCGGCGCACUGCGAGCAGGACGACGACAAGGGGCGGCGCGGCGGCGGCGGGCGCGCGUCGCAGCGCCGCUCCUACCGCCUCGUCUUCCACGAGUGCCACCGCGACCUCGUCCGCUCCGCCUACCUCCCCCAUGUCCGCGACCAGGGCCGCGCCUUCAUGGCCAUGAGCCGCCAGCGCAAGCUCUACACCAACAUCCCCAGCUCUCGUUGGGGCGACGACGGGAGUUACAUGUGUUCGUUGUGGACGGAGGUGGUGUUCAAGCACCCCAAGACGUUCGAGACGCUGGCGAUGGAUCCGGAGAAGAAGAGGGAGAUAAUCGACGACCUCGACAUGUUCAAGAACGGCAAGGAGCAGCACCGGCGAGUCGGGAAGGCGUGGAAGCGGGGUUACCUGCUGCACGGGCCGCCGGGGACGGGGAAGUCGACGAUGGUGGCCGCCAUGGCCAACUACCUCGGCUACGACGUCUACGACAUGGAGCUCACGUCGGUGCACACCAACACCGACCUCCGCAAGCUGCUCAUCCAGACCACCAGCAAGUCCAUCAUCGUCAUCGAGGACGUCGACUGCUCCAGCAACCUCACCGGCCGGCGCAAGGCCACCGGCGACGGGGAAGACGACGACGACGACGCCAAGACGACCACCAAGAAAGUGAUCGAUCGCGGCGGCGGCGGCGGCGGCGUCGGCGGCGACAGCAAGGUGACGCUGUCCGGGCUGCUAAACUUCAUCGACGGGCUGUGGUCGGCGUUCGGGGAGGAGCGGCUGAUCGUGCUGACGACGAACCACGUCGAGGACCUGGACCCGGCGCUGAUCAGGACGGGGAGGAUGGACAAGAAGAUCGAGAUGUCCUACUGCGACUUCGAGACGUUCAAGUCCAUGGCCAAGAUCCACCUCGACGUCGACGACCACGAGAUGUUCGCCGCCGUCGAGAGGCUGCUGCCGGAGGUGGACCUGGUGCCGGCCGACGUCGGCGAGCACCUCACGGCCAAGAACCCCCGGGACGACGCCGGCGCCUGCCUCGCGAGGCUGGUGAACGCGUUGCAGGAGGCCAAGGCCAAGAAGGAUGCAGCUGAACGACAAGAUGAAGACAAUGGAGUGGUAGUCUGACAUAAAUAGCCCACCCGUCUUUAUACAUUUUGUAGAACGCUGUCAAUUGCAAACAUCAGGAUUCAGGAUACCAGCAAUGAAUUUGGCACACGAUUUCAUUCUCAUUUCUCAACAAUCUCGAGUGCUAGACUAAGUGGAUACAUUGGACAGAAUAAUUGUGUUAUAGCAUGAUGCGAUAAUAUAAGUUAUCUAUCAAAAUUUCAUAGGGCCAAGGGUCUUUUGAGACUCCA